CUGCCCUUACGUAGUACGCAUGCGCAGCACUCCCAGCCACUGCCGAGUUGUGCCAGUCAGCAGCUCCUCCCCCGCCCUCUCCCGGCAGCAGCACCAGCGCCCAGGAACUCCGGGAGUAGCAGCAGCUGCGGACACAGAUCCAGUGAGAUGAUGCAUUUCUUCUCCUUCCAUUAUGGUGACCGCUACUCCGCCUUCUCUCCCUGGAGUGAGCUACGAGUAGGGAAUACCUCCAAUGGAUCCCAGCCUUAUUGUUACAGCGGGCACCAGGGGAGCACGGUGCUGCAAGGGGUGUCGUUCGGUGGCAUCCCCACAGUUCUGGUGCUAGAUGUCGUUUGUUUUGUGCUGUUGCUGUUGACGUUCUCCAUCAUCAGGAAGAAUUUCUGGGAUUACGGCCGCGUAGCCCUGGUGUCUGAUUCUGACAGCCCCAAACGCCGAUUCCAAAGAUCAACUUCAUUUAAUGAGGAAUUAGAAAGGGACAAGGGUUUUUGCUCAUGGAUGUCUGCUGCUUUCCAAAUGAGCGAUAACGACAUCUAUGAGCGAUGUGGAGAAGAUGCCAUCCACUACCUUUCCUUCCAGCGCCACAUAAUAUGUGCCUUGGUCAUCGCCUGCGUCCUGUCUGUGGCCGUUAUCCUUCCCGUCAACUUGUCUGGAAAUUUACUGGACGAGGAUCCAAAGAACUUUGGCAGAACAACAAUAGCAAAUCUGCAGCACCAAGACAGCCUGCUAUGGCUCCACACUGUCGUGGGCGUAAUUUAUCUCAUCGCCAUUGUCCUGCUCAUGCGACAUCAUACAUCCGCCAUCAAGUACAAGGAGGAAAAUAUGGUGAAACAGACGCUGUUUGUGACGGGGCUUCCAAAAGAAGUGGGCAGAGAGACGAUCAGCAAUCACUUCAGUGAGGCGUAUCCCACGUGCCAGGUGCUGGAGGUGCAACUGUGCUAUGACGUAGCCGACCUCAUCCAGAUCGACAGCAAGAGGAAAAAAGCGGAGAAGAGUCUGGCCUAUUACAGGAGACUGUACAACAGAACGGGCGAGCUGUUUUUCAUCAACCCCAAACCUUGUGGGCAGCUGUGCUGCUGCGUAACGCGCCACUGUCCGAGGGUGGAAGCUAUGGAGUAUUACAAAAAUAUGUCCGAUUUGCUGGAGGAAGAAUUUACGGCGAUGCUGGAGCUGUUCCGCAACGUGUCCAUUGGAAUCGCUUUUGUCACGUUUUCUGAAAAAUCCAUGGCUACCUUCAUCCUCAAAGACUUCAAUGUCCUCAAGUGUCACGGGUGUGAGUUGGUCACAGAACCGCAGCCAUCAAGAUUGAGCGCACUGCUUGAUCUCUCCCGCUUGUCUGUCACCUACGCCACCUAUCCGGAGAAUAUUUCAUGGGGGAAUCUCUCGGUGCAGGGAAUAAAAUGGUGGGUCCGGUUCCUGGGGAUUAAUUUUUGCCUCUUCAUCGUGCUCUUCUUCCUGACGACCCCGUCCAUUAUUAUAACCACGAUAGACAAGUUCAACGUCACCAAGCCUAUCUACUACCUGAAUAACCCAAUCAUCAGCCAGUUCUUCCCCACACUCCUGCUGUGGUCGUUCUCAGCGCUCCUUCCCACCAUCGUCUACUACUCCACCCUAUUCGAAGCUCACUGGACAAAAUCUGCAGAAAACAGAAUUAUGAUGCAUAAACUGUACAUCUUUCUGAUUUUUAUGGUGCUCAUUUUGCCUUCACUUGGACUCACCAGUUUAGAUGUCUUCUUCCGUUGGCUGUUUGACAAAUCUCUGGAUACUAACGGUCCUCUGAGACUGGAAUGCGUCUUUCUCCCUGACCAAGGAGCCUUCUUUGUGAAUUACGUGAUUGCCUCGGCUUUCGUUGGGAACGUGAUGGAGCUGCUGCGCCUUCCGGGGCUCAUUUUAUACACUUUCCGCAUGUUGACGGCCAAGUCUGCCGCGGAGAGGCGGAACAUAAAGCAGCACCAGGCUUUUGAUUACCAGUAUGGCGCAAUGUACGCCGGGAUGCUUUGUGUAUUCACCGUUAUCAUGGCGUACAGCAUCACGUGUCCCAUCAUUGUGCCGUUUGGUCUAAUCUAUAUGUUGAUGAAGCACGUUGUUGAUCGCCACAACAUAUACUACGCUUAUCUGCCCACGAAACUGGACAGGAAAAUCCACUUCGCCGCUGUGACGCAGUCAAUGGCCGCCCCCAUUCUGUGCCUCAUGUGGAUGUUUCUAUACUCACUUUUACGGAUGGGAUUCAAAGCCCCAACGGUCUUCACGCUGGUUAUUGUGACCAUUACCAUCCUGGUCAGUGUCAUGUACUCCUGUUUCGGCUUCUUCAAACAUCUCAGUCCGUUCAACUACAAGAUACUGGAAUCUCAGCCGGGGACAGAGACACCAAGUGAGGACAUUGCCCCCCGGAAAUCACAGAUGUACGUGCCCAAUGUGUUGAUUCCUGUUUUUUCUGAGGACACUGCUGCACUGGAUAAGGUAUCCCCCCAGUCAUAUGGAUCUACAGAAAUGACGGACACGCCUGUUAUAACUCCCAGCGAUUCUGUAUUUAAUUCUCCUAAAAUGGAAUGACCAGGAAUAGCCACAAGGGGGAGACAUUGCACCAGAAUUAUGUCAGUAAUGAUGACCAGGAAUAGCCACAAGGGGGAGACAUUGCAUCAAAAUCAUGAUGUCAGUAAUGAUGACCAGGAACAGCCACAAGGGGGAGACAUAGCACCAAAAUCAUGUCCGUAAUGAUGACCAGGAACAGCCACAAGGGGAAGACAUUGCAUCGAAAUCAUGAAGUCGGUAAUGAUUAUAGACUCAUGAGAGAGAACUGAUUCAGGAUACCAUGCAGCUGUUUCGGGGGCAUCUGGUCCCCUCAUAAAAAGGACAAGGUGGUGCAUGGGGACUAGGCAUUUGUUACUUUUGGACGUAUUGGAAGAUGUCCACACGACAGCGAGCGGCGCUUGCAGCUGUUCACCACAAGGGGGAGACACAUGACUGUAUUACCUCUGAAUAUUUAUACUUUAGGAUAUAUAGGAAGGGAAGAAACUGGCCACGUGGACCCACAUGAAAUGGGAAGACACUUUUGUGUGUGUUUUAAUGAAGGCAUCACUAUGUACAUGUCUCACAUAUUGCAGAUCAUGAAGGAUUGCUGGAAUUACCAUUUGCCGGGCUGCGGAGGCCUACAGCAAAGACUCACUGAAGUAUUUAAAAUGUUACAAUGGACUCAUUAAAUGCACCUUUUCUCACUGUAUGUUUGGAGAUUUAGAAGGAGCAAUGUAUGUACAGCCAGCGCUGUCGGAUCAUCUCUUUAUUUGGAAUUUGUGAAGGGGGCAUGGGGGGCUUGUAUGUCUUCAGAAGAACCACAGUGAGCAUUAAGGUGGUUCUACACAUCUGGAAGCAGGAUGUGGAGGGGGAACUGACUUAAUAUACAGGGCAAUGGAAUCUAUAGACAUUAGUGCUGUUCGGCAGCCUCAGUACUGUAACACCUCCCUGUAUAAUAGGCAAGAUCUCCCUGCCUAGGUCACUUGUUACUGAGCUUCUCUCCUGAUCAUUAUUUCUGGUUACUACUGAAUGGAGCUGCUACAUUCUCCUCAGCACACAAAAUGGCCGCCCCACUGUUUGCAUCACCUGGAGGAAAACAUGUCUGCCUGCUCAUAAUGAGCUGCUGUCCUGUUGUUGGAUACAAGGACAACAGGAGACUAAGAAUUGUGUGACCCCUACGGAGCCACAACAUCACAGGCCAAUGGUUUUAUCCAUAAGGCGUAGCUCUGAGGUGACUUGUAAUCUGCAAUGCAGCUCUGAGGUGACUUGUAAUCUGCAGUACAGCUCUAGUAUUAAUUGUAGUACAAAUCUUCCUUCAGCCAGAAGCUGAAAUCUAACGUAUAUAAAUAUACUUGUUACAGGCCUUUAGUAUUCCUGGGGCGCUUAUGAAGACUGUUGUACGGGCAGCUGUUUGCCUUUUGUUCAGCUGUAUCAGACAAUGACGGACUGCUGCGGACAACACGUUAUAGUUUUUCUAAAUGUCUAUUUUGCUCUAUAUUUCCCAUCGCUAGUAUUGAAGACUUUACUAUGAUCUAUUAUUUAUUAGUUGCCACAAGGUGUCUGCUGCGCCCAACAUGGGGUAGACCUAAAAACAAUCGUUUUUGACUGGAGCGAACAAAGGUUUAACCCUGUGAUACUGUUUUGUGAGCAGUAAUCUCUAAAAUGAGACUUUUGUAAGGAUCCAUCCAGUAGUAACCCCACAGUAGCUGUACUGAUGUGUUUUGUUGUGCAAUAACCACAACUUUGUCAGAUGAAGUUGUGGUAUUCCACAAUGAAACGCGUCAGAGUUGCUACUGGACUCAUCAUUAGAAAAUCAUUGGCUUAGUAAUACCCCACUGGAGAUGCAUUUGGUCAGGCUGAGUUCCUUGUGCACGUCUGACGUAUAAUACUGAGGUGCAAAGAGUCUACCGCUAACCAUUUUACACGCGUGCAGUCCAAACAUGGAGCUUUUCACAUCUAUGUAGGACACUGUGGUGGCAUUGCUCCCAGGUCUGAACUCUUUGUCCAGAGAAUAUACAAAUGUUGUGUUUAUGUCCUCAAGAGGCAUCCUAAGGCAUUUGAUAGAAUGGGCUAUAUAUCAGUAGCGGACCGGCUGGUGUGUACACCUGAUACGUCUGUCGGCCCUACAGCAAAGUCGCUGCCUAUAGAUCUUGCAAAUACAUUGGCGCAUCUGGCUGUAUAUACCCGCAGACUGCCGAAACAGCUGGGCGGGCAAAUUCAAAUGCCUGCCCAGCUCUCAUAUUAAGGGCCGACAAAUCACGCGGUGGCUCAGUGUUUAUAGCUUACCUAAUGGGCCACUAAAUCGACACGAAGGCCUGUCGGCAGAGACAUUUUUCAGUCCAGGUUUUAAGGCUAUCCACGCUUCAGCACAAAGGAUUAACACAAAAUGACUGAAGUAAUAAUUAAGCCAUCACUUCUCGGGUGUGGAAAUCCUUAAGACCUGGACUGCACAAGUUCCUCGAGGACUGAGUUUGGGAAAGCCUGAUCAAGUCUACCUCACAUUCAGCUGCUGCUUAUGGCCAGAGCUACGUCCAGCAGUGGGACAUUCGGCUGUAACACAACGCUGGUCUGUACGGGGACUGUGCUCAGUGCUGCCUCUUAGUGGUCACAGGCAGCAGGGGGGGAAUUAAAAUUGUUCUUUUCUUUUUUGUUUUAUAAAGGAUAUUAAAUUGAGUUUCCUACUUGCAGAUAUUUUGUGGAAUGAAUAAACGAGAAUGUAACCGAU